CGCUGCAGGAGAGCCGGGCAGGAGCGCACCGUCGGGGCAGAACAGCAACCCUCAACUAUGGCCGUGUUCAUCGCAUCUGGCUGAACAUUUUCAAGGUCUCCAGCAUCGUCUGAUCCCUGCGCUCCGGAGGACCGGUGGUGGCAAAUGCCAGUCUUUUGAACAAGGAUUAAACCGGGAAUCUGUCACCUCGUCCCAGAAGGUGUGAACUGCUGGCCGGAAUCAUGGGGAACCAGCUGACUGAUAUCGCUCCCAACACGUCCUUCCUGCCCAGCUUCCAGUGUCUGCACGUGGUGGUGAUCGGCCUGGACGCCGCCGGCAAGACGUCCCUGCUGUACAGGCUGAAGCUGAAGGAGUUCGUGAAGACCAUCCCCACCAAGGGCUUCAACACGGAGAAGAUCAAGGUGACGGUGGCGGGGUCCCGGGCCAUCAACUUCCAGGUGUGGGACGUGGGCGGCCAGGAGAAGCUGCGGCCGCUCUGGAAGUCCUACACCCGGCGCACGGACGGGAUCGUGUUCGUGGUGGACUCCACGGAGCUGGAGCGCAUGGAGGAGGCCAAGGUGGAGCUGCACAAGAUCACGCGCACCUCGGAGAACCAGGGCAUCCCCGCGCUCAUCCUGGCCAACAAGCAGGACAUGGCCUCGGCGCUGUCCGUCAGCGAGGUGGAGAAGCUGCUCUCCGUGCACGAACUGGGCAUGUACACGCUGUACCACGUGCAGAGCUGCAGCGCCGUGGACGGCCAGGGCCUGCAGGCGGGCCUGGAAAAACUCUACGAGAUGAUUCUCAAGAGGAAGAAGAAGGUGAAGCACAACCGGAACAGAAAGAGAUGAACCCCAGGGACACGGAACAGUGUUGGGACACUUUCUUUUGGAACGGGGAGAGCAAUUUGUGCCAACGAAAGGACGAUUCUGCGCGGCCUUCGGGUCAGCAGAUAUGGAUUGGCUCAUAACACUAAAGCAGUAUUGACAUUCGUUGUUGCGCAGCUGCUCUCUGACAGCUUAAUUUAUAGAGUUAAAGGAAAUCUUGAUAGCAGUUAGACUUCACUAAGUGCUUUCCUACACUUGUUUAAAGAAGAUUUCUAACAAGACAUUAGGACGUGAUAAACACACACAUUUAUAUCCACGUGGCAGGUUUGGAAGAGGACAGCAGAUUUAAAACUAUCCUCGUAUUUCCUCACCGACGUGCACAGAUUCUGCCCCGCUCAACGGCUGUUUUCGCUCCUCCGUCUUCCCCGAAAUAUUUCAUGUGUUUAUGCCUGAGGGGACUUUAUUUUAUUUUUCCAUUUUUUUGUAAAAUGAAAGGAAAGCAGGAGCGCGAGAGCACCGGCCGUGUUUAUGUUAAUUGCCAAUGAAGCACAGUCUUAGGAGCAUUCCUGUCUUAUAGGCACAGAUAUUACGUAUCAGUCAGUAUGAUUACAGUGUUGAUAAAAAUGUACAUUUUUGUAAAUCUGCAGACUUAAUAAAUCUAAGUACUGUACAGAGAA